GGCGUGAAAGAGGAGUUUCAAAAACUGUGAUUAUCUGUUGUGCGGAGUGAAUCUGUGGAGUGGGUGCGACUGCCUAUAGCCCACAUUCAUAUUUUGGGGGGAGGAGGAGUAGAUUGGGCACAGGUGUAUAAAUCUUAGCUUGGGACUCUUAUUGAGAGCUUGCUCUUUCUGAGUGUUGCUGUGUAAGAGGGGGCGUGAAAGAGGAGUUUCAAAAACUGUGAUUAUCUGUUGUGCGGAGUGAAUCUGUGGAGUGGGUGCGACUGCCUAUAGCCCACAUUCAUAUUUUGGGGGGAGGAGGAGUAGAUUGGGCACAGGUGUAUAAAUCUUAGCUUGGGACUCUUAUUGAGAGCUUGCUCUUUCUGAGUGUUGCUGUGUAAGAGGGGGCGUGAAAGAGGAGUUUCAAAAACUGUGAUUAUCUGUUGUGCGGAGUGAAUCUGUGGAGUGGGUGCGACUGCCUAUAGCCCACAUUCAUAUUUUGGGGGGAGGAGGAGUAGAUUGGGCACAGGUGUAUAAAUCUUAGCUUGGGACUCUUAUUGAGAGCUUGCUCUUUCUGAGUGUUGCUGUGUAAGAGGGGGCGUGAAAGAGGAGUUUCAAAAACUGUGAUUAUCUGUUGUGCGGAGUGAAUCUGUGGAGUGGGUGCGACUGCCUAUAGCCCACAUUCAUAUUUUGGGGGGAGGAGGAGUAGAUUGGGCACAGGUGUAUAAAUCUUAGCUUGGGACUCUUAUUGAGAGCUUGCUCUUUCUGAGUGUUGCUGUGUAAGAGGGGGCGUGAAAGAGGAGUUUCAAAAACUGGAGUUUGAAAGCAGGAGGUUGAGAUCGCUGUGAGUUUUAAUUUUUGAACCCACAAGGUCUACAAAAAAUUUUAAGUGUAAUUUUGACUGUCUGUUUUUUCCUAUACAUUUGUGAAAUCCCCAUAAUUAGAUGGCCUCCAUGUUGGAAAAUGCAGUCCAAUGUACAUCCUGUUCAAUGUAUGCAAUCCUUGAACAACAGUUUGAGGGUGCAUAUUGUUGUGCGAGAUGUGUGCUAGUUGUCCGUUUGGAAGCCCAGAUCCUGCAUCUAGAGGGGCGACUGGCAACAAUGAGAAGCAUUAACAACAUGGAGAGGAGUCUCCUGCUCACUGAGCAGGCACUCUCGGGAAUAGAGGUGGGGGAGGACAGUGGGACGGAGUUGCAGGACAGUCAGGCAGUUAGCUGGGUUACAGUUAGAAAGAGGGGUAGGGGAAAAAGUGUCAGGGAGGCUAGUCCUGAACUGGCACACCCCAACAAGUUUGCCCGCUUGGCAGAUGAGGGGGAUGCCAUUACAGAGCUAGCAGAACUGCAGCAGGAUACCGCCUCUGACCGCCAGGGUGGUGUCUGCUCCAGUAAGGAGGGAGGGAGGAGUACAGGGCAGGCCAGACAGGUACUAGUGGUGGGGGACUCAAUUAUUAGGGGGACAGACAGGGCAAUCUGUCACAAAGACCGGGAUCGCCGAACAGUGUGUUGUCUGCCUGGCGCACGAGUUCGGCACAUCGCGGAUCGGGUUGACAGGUUGUUGGGCGGGGCUGGAGAGGACCCAGCAGUCAUGGUACAUAUUGGCACCAAUGACAAAGUAAGAGGUAGGUGGAGUGUCCUUAAAAAUGAUUUCAGGGACUUAGGCCGCAAGCUUAAGGCAAGGACCUCCAAGGUAGUAUUUUCUGAAAUACUACCAGUACCACGAGCCACACCAGAGAGGCAGCGGGAGAUCAGGGAGGUAAACAAGUGGCUCAGAAGCUGGUGUAGGAAGGAAGGGUUUGGGUUCAUGGAGAACUGGGCCGACUUCGCUGUCGGUUACCGGCUCUACCGUAGGGACGGGCUGCACCUCAAUGGGGAGGGUGCAGCUUUGCUUGGGGAGAAGAUGGCUAGAAGGGUGGAGGAGUGUUUAAACUAGGGACUUGGGGGGAGGGAACCUACAGCAAAGAGGGGGAAGAUAGUGUAGAUAGAGAGGUGGGAAUUAUAAAUGUACCUGGGGGUGGAGCGGAGGGAGGGGUUAGAAUAGUUAAUAGGAAUAGGCUUCAUAGGAAAAUAAAACUUACACCCUUGAAUCCCAUUAACCCCAAUAACAUAAAGGAUGGAAAUGUAAAGUGUAUGUUCACAAAUGCCAGAAGCCUAGCAAAUAAAAUGGGGGAGCUUGAGGCCUUGAUACUGGAGGAACAUAUUGAUAUAGUUGGGGUCACUGAGACAUGGCUGGACUCCUCGCAUGACUGGGCUGUCAAUCUGCAGGGGUUUAUAUUGUUUCGCAAGGAUAGAAUGAACAGAAAAGGUGGUGGAGUCUGUCUGUAUGUAAGAAGUGGUAUGAAAGUCAAUGUGAACAAUGCCAUAGUGUGUGAUGAUUCUGAGGAUGUGGAAUCAUUGUGGGUAGAAUUACAAAAGGAGGGAAAUACUGAAAAAAUUGUAUUUGGUGUAAUCUACAGACCCCCUAAUAUCACUGAAGAGAUAGAAGUUCGGCUUCAUAAACAAAUAGAGAGGGCCGCCCGGGCAGGUACAGUGGUAAUAAUGGGAGAUUUUAACUAUCCAGAUAUAGAUUGGGGUCCGGGGUUGGCUAAAACUACAAAGGGGCGACAAUUCCUAAAU